AUGGCUAAUUCUGUAACUCUUUUCUCCAUUAUUUUCUCAUUUUUCCUCCUUCAGCAACUAGUUUGCACAAAUAGCCAAAAUGUUAUUAAGGGAGGGUACUGGUUUAAGGACAGUGGAUUAGAAUUAAGCAACAUAGAUUCAACACUUUUCACUCAUCUAUUUUGUGCAUUUGCUGAUCUUAAUCCUCAAUCAAAUCAGUUAAUGAUUUCGCCGGAAAAUCAAGAUUCAUUCAGCCAGUUUACAAGUACAGUUCAAAGGAAAAAUCCCUCAGUCAAGACUUUGUUGUCUAUAGCAGGAGGAAGAGCCAAUUCAACUGCCUAUGGAAUUAUGGCUAGACAACCAAAUUCAAGAAAAAGUUUUAUUGAUUCAUCAAUAAGAUUGGCUAGACAAUUAGGAUUUCAUGGCCUUGAUCUUAAUUGGGUAUCUCCAUUAUCAGCUACAGACAUGACAAACUUAGGUACUCUUUUAAAACAGUGGCGCACCGCUAUCGACACGGAGGCGAGAAAUUCCGGCAGGGCGGCACUGCUUCUUACAGCGGCGGUUUCCUACUCACCCCGAGGCCAUGGAUUCAACUACCCGGUUGAAUCAGUGGCAAGAAACUUAGACUGGAUUAACCUUAUGGCCUAUGAUUUCUAUGGACCAAAUUGGUCACCAUCACAAACCAAUUCACAUGCACAAUUAUUUGAUCCUGUGAACCAUGUUAGUGGAAGUGAUGGAAUUAAUGCAUGGAUUCAAGCUGGUGUUCCAAUACGAAAAUUGGUACUUGGAAUUCCAUUUUAUGGCUAUGCGUGGCGAUUAGUUAACGCGAAUAUUUACGGUCUCAGUGCGCCUGCUGCCGGAAAAUCAAAUGUUGGUGCGGUCAACGAUGGGUCGAUGACUUAUAACCAAAUUAAGGAUUAUAUAGUGCAGAGUCGCGGCACGACCGUGUAUAAUGAUACCAUCGUUGGAGAUUAUUGUUACUCUGGAAAUAAUUGGAUUAGCUAUGAUGAUACACAAAGUGUUAGAGAUAAGGUUAAUUAUGUUAAAGGUAGAGGAUUGCUUGGUUACUAUGCAUGGCACGGUGCAGGGGAUCAAAAUUGGGUACUCUCUCGUACAGAUCAAGUUAGAAGAUUACUUCUAAAUUGGGAAAAACGAGUUCAAGUAAUUGAAGGAAUUAUUCAAGGGCUCCUAUAUCUCCAAGAAUACUCAAGAUUAACAAUUAUUCAUAGGGAUUUAAAAGCCAGCAAUAUUUUAUUGGAUAUUGAUAUGAAACCAAAGAUUUCUGACUUUGGAAUGGCAAGAAUAUUUAAGAAGGAUGAAGUUGAAGCAAAUACCCUACGAGUAGUUGGAACAAUGGGUUAUAUUCCACCUGAAUAUGUGGAACAAGGCAUCUAUUCAACAAAAUCUGAUGUUUUCAGUUUUGGAGUUCUUCUUCUUCAAAUCAUAAGUGGAAAGAAGAAUACAUGCCUACAUGGUCCAGAUGAAAACUUAAACCUUCUUGAAUACGCAUAUGAGAUGUGGAGAGAUGGUAACGGCAUGGAGUUUAUGGAUCCAUCACUUGAUGAUAAAACAUCAUCUUGUAAACUAUUAAAAUGCAUGCAAAUUUCCCUAUUGUGUGCCCAAAAAAAUCCAUUGGAUAGGCCUACAAUGUUAGAAGUUUCUUAUUUGUUAAAGGAUGUGAAUUUAGCUAUGAAUUCUCCCAAAAGGCCUGCAUUUUCUACAAGGGAAGAUGAAGAAGUUGGUAAUUCAAAUGGCUCAGUGCAGGAAAUUGGAGAAGUUGACACUGCAACAAUUACACAAUUGGUUGCGCGAUGAUAUAUGUUACUUUUUGCAACUCAAUUUUUUUACACUAUUCUUAUAUUUUUAGUGAAUUCAGUAUUUUAAUUUGAUUGGUUUAGUUUUGUGAAAGCUCAGUCCAAAUUCCAUUUCUUCUAUAGUAUUACACGGAAAAUUUUAUUUUGUGUCUCAUACAAUUGACACUUGUUGUAUGAGACAUUUUUUUUGUAUCACAGUUUAUUGUG